ACUUUUGCAAUCAUAAAAAUCAAUCAGAUUUUAACGUAGAGUAUUACUUUUAAGAAAAUGGACAAACUAAGUUCUAACAGUCCCGGCGCGCCUUACGAAAGACGAGCAAGCAAAAUAUCAAAACGUCCAUCGAAGAUUUCACGGUUGCACCGCGAGUCCAAGAUUUUCGCCAAAAUAUCGUCAAUCAAAGAGGAAGAGAUUCCGAAGGAGAUGGAAGCGAGUUGCGUCAACUAUCGCGAAAAAAUCACCAACAUGUUCUUUGACUCAUUUUACUCGCCGACAGUGAUCGAGAAAGUAUCGAUUACAGCGGAGGAGCUCGAGGAAUCACUGAGCUCUUUGGAUACUGAACCGUCUUUGAGUGAUAAUAUGUUGGACAGUUAUACUUCUUUGGUGGAUGAAAGAUGCAGCAUCACUUCGAAGGAGCUUUCUCAAAAACAAUCAUCUAGAAGUAAUCAGUCUAAUCAAUCUAGUCACUCAAUGGAGGUAAACUCUAACAUAAGCUGCUUAUCGCAGUGCAUGUGCUGUUGGAGAGUUACAUUUCGUAAUGGUAACAUAUACGAAGGGCAGCUGAAUGAUUUAAUUAUGCAUGGGAAAGGUAUUUAUUACUGGACAGAUGGAACAUUAUAUAAGGGAGAGUUUAGAAACGGAUAUGCUCACGGGCAAGGCAGACUGGUUCUCCCUGACCUGACUACGUAUGAUGGAGAAUUUCGCAUGGGAUUUUUUGAUGGACAUGGCAAACUGAAUAUUAAAUCAUCCCCAAUAUUGUUUAACGGACAAUGGAAGCUUUCCCAAAGAACAGGUAAAGGCUGGUGCUUUUACAAUACGGACAACUGGUACGAAGGCGAUUGGCUCAAUAAUCAGAAACAUGGAAGCGGUUAUAGAUACUACCCGAAUGGGGAUAAAUAUCAGGGAAACUGGGAGAAAGAUAAGAUUUGUGGCCAAGGGUGUAUGAUGUGGCAUAAUAAUGAUUACUACACAGGUGAAUGGAAGGAUGGCUACCAAUACGGAUAUGGUGAAUACAUCUGGAACGUCAUUCCCCAUGACAGUUUUAUUUUUACUAACUACAAUUGGUAUAAGGGUACUUGGUCUAAUGGCAAAAGAUCAGGAAUAGGAAUUAUGAAUUUCGGUCAUGAGAGCGGUGCUAAACUGGCUGGAUCCUGGUCUAAUAACAAGAAGGACGGUCCUGGAAUCAUGGUGUGUGGAAACGGGAUGUUAUUGGAGAAAAACCCGUUGUUCACCGAUGAUAAGCCCUCUGUUUAUAUGAAGGAGAAUUUUUCGAGAUUUUCCGAUGGAGACAAUUUGAAAGAGAGCACCAGUAGUAGAUAUAAUACUAUUUCUCAACAACUUCUUUUAAAGAAGGAACCAAUGAAAAAUUUGGACCCAAAAUCCUUAAGUAACAUUACAAAAAGCGGCACCAACAUAAAUAUGAAACAAUACAUCAAACUGUUGGACCAAAAAUCCGUUAACGAUUCGCCAUUAAAGAUCCCUAUCCAUAACGUGAUACAUGAGGUCGAUAUAAAUUACUUUAUCGAGGAGUUCAUUCGCAAACCUUAUACACACACCAGCAAUAAAAAAACCCGUAACGAUAUGAGCAUUAUUGAAAUUGAACGUAUGGUUAAGAUUAUGGCGGACGGACGAAACGAUUCCUUUCUAUCCCCUUCAUGCAUAAAUUACUUACCGUCAAAUAUGGACUUUGAAAUGCAAGAAGAUCCGAUUAAAUCAGCAAGCGAACAGAGUCUACUGAACGUCAACGAAGUGAAGAAUUUGAUUAUAAACUACUUACCGCAGUUAAGGAAUAUUUACAAGAUGUACGCAACCAUGUGCGCGAAACCCGAUGAAGCUUUGAGGUGCGAACCUAUAUUGAUCAGGAUGUUUUUGUGGCAGCUCUAUAGAGAUAUUGGUGUUACAGAUAAGGGUGGCGUAUCAAUAAUAGAAAUAGACGAAGUCUUAUACGAUAACCCAACAAGUUGUCUGGAAACCAUCCAUUGUCCUUGGGAGCCGAUUUACUUUUGGCAAUUCGUGCAGUCCCUCGUCGGAAUCGCUUGUAUCAUGUAUAACGCGGAAAACCACAUGUACUACACCCCUUCUACUGGCUUUAUGUAUUACAUGUUCAAGAACUUCUUAGACCAUCAGCUUCUACCGAAUGCCGGAAUAUACCAAGGUAAUUGCUUGAGAAGCCUCAAAGAUUUGGCACCAGUGGAUGCCAUGUAUAAGCUAUACAAGGACAUUGGAGAACCACAUACCAUAGAAAAAUUCAUAAAGAGCACUUCUCUGAAGCAGGAACAAACUAUUCCGUGUUACAAGUUGAUCCAUAAUGAAAACCAUUAUGAGCCUAUCGAUCCUAAGGGUUACAACGUGACCAUUUUAAACAAUGAACCUUCCUACUACGCCGAACCUCUCCAAACAAGAACAUUGAACGAACGUUCUCAAACGCAUUAUCAAGGUCUCUACAUUUUUUCCAAGUUGGGACGGAAAAAGAUAAUCCAAUGCCUGGCCAAGAUUUGCCCUCAAGUUAUGUCCGGUUCGAUAAAGACAUGCCAGUGGCAAUAUAGGCUCUCUUUUAUCGAGUUUUAUGAAGCUGUUUUGCUUUUAACGUUCGAAAAAGUCGAGUUUGAUAGACUGAGCAUGCUAGAGGAUUUAAUAAGGAGCCCCUCGAUUACGGAAAAGGCUUCUCGCGAAGGUUCCCGAAUGUCAACGCAUUCGACAAAAAGGAAAAAGUCUAGGAAAUAGAUUUGCUUAGAAUAUAUGUAAUUCUGUUGUAAAUUAAAAAAACUAGUAAGAUUUUUA